GGCGUGCUUCGUUUGUUCUUUGUUUGUCUCUGCCGAGCCGAUUGUUGUGUUGUUGGUGUGGCGUGAGGGUGUGUGAGUGGGCUUGUGAAGCGUGUCCCAACUUGUUCGUUUGAGGAAGCAGCGAAGACGCGUCCGUUUGGUUUUGGAAAAGAAACUGAUCCUAGAUUCGACCGCCAUGUCUCCACGUCGCUCUAGAGGCAGGGGUGCAGGAGGGUCCCAGGGCACUCCCCGCUCGUCGCAGUCCCAGUCGUCCAAGUCGUCCCAGUCCAGGGCGUCCCAGGGCUCCCAGGGCUCCAGGCAGGGGACCCCACAGCCCCCCCGGCUGGGGUACGACGAGACCAAGAGCCUGGCCAGGCUCACUGUGAGGUUCAUGUUGAUGCAGGACUUCGACAAGGUGCCAAUCAAGCACAGUGACAUCCUCAAGAAUAUCCUGAAAAACACUUUAAAGUCUGCUGCAGACGUCAUGCCGAUUGCCAUCAAGAUGCUCCGUGAUAUUUACGGUAUAAGGGUCGUUGAUGGAGGCUACCGAACCAAACACUACUUGUUGAUCAAUAGCUUGAAGCAUCAGGAACAUGUUAGUAACUCGGCUGCUGUUCAAGCAGAUCUUGGACUGCUGGCCAUCAUUCUGUCGCUCAUCUUCAUGCAGACUAAUGGAAGGUGGAAAGACGCUGGGAUCGAGCAAGGAAAAGUUAUUACAUUCCUGAAGUCAAUUGGGAUUGAUGAUGAUCAUGAGUACUUUGGCAAUCUUAAGAAAAAUUUAAAGACUUAUGAAUCUCAGGAUUAUCUUGAUGUUGUGAAGAUAGAUAAUACUGAUCCUGUCAAGUAUGAAUAUCGAUGGGGUAUUCGAGCUUGUGAGGAACUGUCUCCUAGAGAUGUGUUGCAAUUUGCGAGUGAGAUGUAUGGCCGUGACAGCAUUGAAUCUUGGUCAGCACAUUACAAAGCAGUCUGUGCUCAUGAAAGAGGUGGUAGUGAAUAGUGUUAUAUUCAAAAUUUAAUUAUUUUUCUUGUAAUUCACCUUUUUUUCACAUGAAAAGAGUGCAAAGUGAAAUUCGUUCUGUUCAAUAUGUGACUUAAAUAUUGAGAAUUCCUGACAUUUGAUAAAUGAUUAUCAAUAAAUAAUUUUCCAAUGCA